UACGGUAUAUUUGUGAGGGUCAGACGGUAUAUUUUAUCGAAAAGGCCGCGGCCACACUGUACAUAAACCACAAUGGCGAAUACAAGUACCGGCGUUGUGGUGCCACGAAAUUUCCGCUUACUGGAGGAGCUGGAUCAGGGCCAGAAGGGUGUAGGCGAUGGCACCAUCUCGUGGGGUCUGGAGAACGACGAUGAUAUGACGCUCACUUAUUGGAUUGGCAUGAUCAUUGGUCCGCCCAGAACACCAUUUGAGAAUCGAAUGUAUUCACUAAAGAUUGAGUGCAACGAACGCUAUCCGGAUGAGCCACCCACGCUAAGAUUUUUAACUAAAGUUAAUAUUAAUUGCAUUAACCAGAACAAUGGCGUGGUUGAUCAUAGAUCAGUGCCCAUGUUGGCCCGGUGGAAUCGUGAUAACACUAUAAAAACGAUGCUGCAGGAAAUUCGUAGGAUUAUGACCAUGAAAGAGAACCUGAAGCUGGCACAGCCGCCAGAAGGAAGCUGUUUUUAGUCGACAACAACCAGCAAAACAACACCAACAGCAAAACCCGGCAGCUGCAGAAACAACCAGAGCCAGAGCCUGACCCCCCCACACACACUUACAGCACAGCAAGACCGACCACCAGCAAAACAAUAUCAGCCGGAAUCAGCCAUGUAUAAGUCUAUAAUCUAUAUAUAUCUAUAUAUGGAAAGCUGUGUGUGGCAUGUGGAUGUGGCAUGCGUGUGCCUCUGAGCUGCGGCAGCCGCGUGGAGAUGAUUAAGAAGAUGAUGAAUGAGAAGCGAGUGGGGUUAUGUGGCCCGUUGAUGCUUGCAGCAACGGCAACCAGAAACCAAAUGCAAGUUAUACUAUAAGUAACAAGAACAGCAAACAACGUCACUAUAAUGGUCGUCGUCGUCGUCCCUUCCGUCAUAAACUAUAUCAUCAUGUUUGGUUACUUUACUUCUACUCCCCCCAGCCAGCCAGCCAGCCAGCCAGUACCCCCAACAACGAUCCUCCCUUCUUAGCUAAGAAAGAAACAAAAUUAGAACAGAACCACAAAAUCAGCAACAAGUUAAACAAACAAAAAAAACAAACAACAAAUAACAAAAAACAAAAAAAAAACGCCUACAAAAUCGAACCGAAAUUGAGUUUAUUUUAUUUUUUCACUCACGCGCAUACACAGAGUAAUGCAACAAAAGAAAUUAAAUGAAGAGAAAAGUUAAAAUCCGUAUAAAAGUAAGCGUAAACGUAAACUAAUCGAACAGAGCAGAGCAGGCGCAUGUAUUUCUAGAGAGAAAGAUGGAUGAGCAGCAGCCCAGCAGCCUGUGGUGUUCUUUGGAGAGGAGAUGAUGCGUAAUUAUUGUUUUUUGCCUAAACUAAAAAUUUAUUAAUUAUAUACAUAAAAACAAAAUAUAUAUUAAUUUAAAUAAAACAAGAAACAACAACCAAUCGAAGAGAAUUUUCUGUAGAGCAAAGAACUCGAAGAAACAUUUAAGUUGAUUUGAGUUUUGAUUUUAAGAUACUUGUAUCUUCUUCCUUCCUCCCACUCUAGUGGGUCGAAGGAGGUAGCAGCAUUGUAAUAUCUUUUGUGGAAAUUAUAUAUACAUACCAUACAAAUAUAUAUGCGAGUAUAUAGAGCGACACAACAACCACACAUACACUUGCACUAUAAACUGAUGUGGAAAUCGAGCGGGCAGAAUGAACGAUGAUUAAUAUAAUAAUUUAAUUUAAGCUUCUAAAUAAAACAAUUAAUAAUCCAAUAAAAGAAAGCUCCAAAAACCCCAAAUUGGUUAAGGAUCUGUUGAGAUUUGUUGCUUCAACAAAUGCCAACUGAUCCUGCCAAGGUAUUCCUUGAUUGCUUAUUAAUGAACUUUAUGGCUGAACGUAUUAAUUGAUGUUAUAUUUCUGCAUUUUACAGAACGACAAAACUAAGAUGAUGUCUUCGUUUGCAAUACCUGUACUAUAUAAAAUUGGCAAAGGGCUGAAUCGAAAUUGGGAAACUCCA